GUUGUACCUCCUCUCCACAGCUCUCUCAACAGAAUCAUCUCCAUGAGGAAAACAGAACAUGCUCCUAGGCAGAGGAGAUGAUGGGAGGUUAUUGCAUUUCUGGAUCAGUGGUGGAUCUGACAGUGAGAUCAGGAGACAAUAUUACUCUGUACUGUAACUGUAAAACAUCAAGUAAGGAAUUUCUUGUGUGGUACAGAAACUGCACCCAUGAAAAUCAACCUUCUCUUGUUCUAAAACUAGAAGAGGAUUCGUGGAAACCCACCACUGAUCAAGCAACUUUGGUGAAUUCGCUAUCUCGGUUCCACUUUGUAAAGAACCAGUCGUCUGGAUCCUAUGAUCUGCUGAUCAUAAAUAUUUCUUAUUCUGAUGAGGGCCUCUACUACUGUGGAAUUGGGAAGCGCAAGGUGGAACAGACUUCAGUAAUCAAUCUCAAAUAUAUUUACAGAUAUGGGAGCAUUUUCACAAGGAUCCUAAUUAAUUCGAGUAACCAACACUACUCAACUUCAACUUCAACCGAUUGCCUGACUACACCAGACUGUAGCAUGUGUUGGAAACUGCUAUUCAUCCUGUGUCCGGCAUCGUCUGUUUUCUCCUCUUUUCUUGUCUCUCUUCUUGUUCAUCACAUCUGCCAGAAAAAAGUUGAUCAGCCCAAACCUGAAAUGAGUGGAAAAGCAAGGAGAAAUCAGGAUGAAGAUGUGUUUUACGCCACAGUGAAAACCGGUCAAGCAACACAAAGACCAAAGAAGAAGAUGACCUAUAGUUCUGAAUUCUGCACAUAUUCUGCCAUCAAUACCUCUAAACUUUAGAUAUAAAAAGUCAAAAUUGUUUGAGACAUUUCUUUUUAUUUUUCACCACACAAAGUUGAGCAGUGACUAAAUUUAAAGGUUUCUCUUCUCAAUGAAAUUUAAACUGGUUGAGGUUGCAUUUAAGAUGUAGACAACAAUGGGUUAAUGAUGUGACAUUAUCAGAGUUGUUAGCUUUACCACAAGGAUUAAUAGCAGGCCUUUGCUUUUAAUCAAUUCACUAAAUAAAUGCUGUAGUAAUUUGGUUGCUGUCUUAUAAAACAAUUUACAAUUGACUCAGUGUGUUGAUAAGUUACCGCAUCAGUCUCCCAGUGGCUAUAGAUACAUAAAUGCUUAGUGCAGACUCCUCAGUAUCAUUAAAUAUAAGGUGUAAGGCUGAGAAUAAUGGAUAAGUAUGGUUUUUUUUUUUUAAGAUUAAGCAUAUAUGGGGGCAUUUCAGACUUUUAACCUAAAUUGACCGUCAUAUAAAAAAACUUACAAAGAUAGCGUAAAAUGUGUAGUGGACUUCAUGUUAUUCUUGUUAGUGGAAAUAGUUACCCCUACCCUCCUAGAACUGUGUCUGGUUUCACAGGUCAGAGCAGACUUCAUUUCAAAGUGACAAGAUCCGUGCAUGUGUAAUAGUAUAAAACACAAAGAAUACAAUACAUGAUAUGUUACCACGUGGUAUCUAAACUUAUGAUUACACUAUACAAUGAAUCUUAAAGGAAAAUUGAUCAGAGACCAAUAACCCCAUUGCCAAAUACUGCAGAAAUAUUAGAUUUAAUAAUUAUGUGAACUUUUGAAGUGAAUAUGUACACAGUAUUUACAUUGAUCAGCUAAAAUAUUUACAGUAAUUCCAGCCUGUUUCACUUUUUGCCCUUCAUGUGCCUCAGAAGGAAAUCUAACCUGUAAAACUGCAGACUGUAGAAGACCUCUGAUGGUGCCCUCUGGUUUAGACCAUGAUUAGGAGAUGUGUUACAGUCUGUAUGGUAGGAGCUGGUGAUGCUGUAAUGAUUUACAGUACUCUCUCGCUAUGACGCGGUUCACCUUUUGCAGCCUCGCUGUUUUGCUGUUUUUUGUUUGUGUGCAAUUUUGCAUUUUUGCAUGCUUUUUUUUUUCUUUCUUACAGCGUAUUGUGUUCUGUGCCGUGAUUGGCUGUAGACCAGUGUCAAUCAUCUCGUGCCGUGUCUCCUGUACAGUACAGAAUGCGUUCAACUUGUAAAAGUUGACAUAAAUCUUCGUAGGCUAGCAGUGUGACACUGAAGUGCUGUACUGUAUGUUUGUAAGUUUUCUCCCCAACAAACACAAUGUUGACGAAACAUUUUGCACCGUCAGAGGCACCUGCAGGUGCCUUUGGUUUGGUUUUAUAAUACUGGACUUAUUUUUCUACGAAAGUUUGAAUUUUGAGAGUGUUUAAACAAGAGACAAAAGUGUGAAAAUGUUCAUACCUGUCUGAGAAAAGUGUAGUGAGGGGUUUUACA